AUGGGAUUUGGAAGUCCUGGUGGCCGUACAGUCAGCAUCAAACCCACGCCUCCCGAGCGUGGCAGUUUCCCUCUAGAUCAUGAUGGAGAUUGCAAAUACCUCAUUGCAUCAUACUUGCACUGCUUAAAAUCAGUCGGGGGUGUCAAUGAUGAGAGGUGUCGAAAGCUGGCAAAGGGAUAUCUGAGCUGUCGGAUGGAUAACAACUUAAUGGCUCCCGACGACUUCAGAAAUUUAGGCCUUACAUUUGAAGACAAAAACAAGUCAGAGAAAUCGUCUGAAACGAAUCCGAAGACGAACAAUACUUCAUCGACGAAAUGA